UGGAAAACUUUCACCCCGAAGGCAAGAGGAAGAACGCUUGCGAAACUGUGGGCCAACUGGAAAGUAGAAAGCCAGGCGGGUGGGUGGGAUUAAGGAGGACUCCGCCCGAGCCAACCGGUGACGCGAAGGCGGGUGACGUCGCAGCCAAUGGACAGCCAGCGCGGGAUUUUCAAUUAUUGCUCCGCCCAAUCGCGAAAAGACUGUGCCUAUAAAGGCAGCUGCCGCGGGGCUGGGAGCCUGUUUCUCUCCCCGCGGCUGCCUAAGUUUGUGUUUUGGUUCGCUAUGGCCCGUACUAAGCAGACUGCCCGUAAGUCGACCGGCGGCAAGGCCCCGAGGAAGCAGCUGGCCACCAAGGCGGCCCGCAAGAGCGCGCCGGCCACGGGCGGGGUGAAGAAGCCGCACCGCUACCGUCCGGGCACCGUGGCCCUGCGCGAGAUCAGGCGCUACCAAAAGUCCACGGAGCUGCUGAUCCGCAAGCUGCCGUUCCAGCGGCUGGUGCGCGAGAUCGCGCAGGACUUUAAGACGGACCUGCGCUUCCAGAGCUCGGCCGUGAUGGCGCUGCAGGAGGCCAGCGAGGCCUACCUGGUGGGGCUGUUCGAAGACACGAACCUGUGCGCCAUCCACGCCAAGCGCGUGACCAUCAUGCCCAAGGACAUCCAGCUGGCCCGCCGCAUCCGCGGGGAGCGGGCUUAAGUGCGCGCUCGGGUCGGAGGUUCCAUCAUAUCCAAAAGGCUCUUUUCAGAGCC